GAUAGAUUUAGAUCUAAUUUUUAAAAUCAACCUGCACAACUGGAAUAAAUGUGUUGUUAUGGAAAUUUGUAUCGACUCAGUUGAAUCAGCAAUCAAUGCAGAAAAUGCAGGUAGGUAAUCAGAGUAGUUCGCCUUUAUGUGCCAGCAGAGUUGAGUUGUGUAGUAAUUUAAUGGAAGGUGGGACAACUCCCUCAUUAGGUGUUUUCCAAAUUGUUAAGAAGAAAACUUCCAUACCUGUUUUUGUCAUGAUUCGACCACGUGGUGGAGACUUUCUCUACUCCGACACAGAGUUCGAAGUAAUGAAAACUAAUGUGAAGAUAUUUAAACAACAUAAUGCAGACGGCUUUGUGUUCGGUAUUUUAACAAAAGAUGGUGAAAUUGAUUUAACUAGAAAUAAAGAACUGAUUGAUCUGUGCAAACCAAAACCUGUCACCUUCCAUAGAGCAUUUGAUGUCGUGUGUGACGGCGACAAAGCAUUGGAAGAUGUUAUAAGCCUUGGCUUUACUCGUAUUCUUACAAGCGGAAUGGAAUCAACUUGUUUGGAAGGUCUACCGAAUUUAACUCAUUACGUGAAAAAGGCUAACGGUAGAAUUACAAUCGUACCAGGUGGUGGAAUCAACGAACGAAAUGUAGAACGUAUUUUAAGUGGAAGUGGGGCUAAAGAGUUCCAUUGUUCAGCGCGAUCUAGCCGCCAAUCUGAUAUGGUUUAUCGUAGAAAUGACAUUCACAUGGGCGCUGCUUUAUAUCCUGCAGAAUACUCCUUAAAAGCAAGUAACACAGAAAGAAUUAAAUUUAUGCUCAGUUUACAAAAAAGUAUUUAGUCUUGAUUCGAAUAAGUUUUUAUGAUAACAUUUUGGAAUGAAAGAAGCUAAAAGAAGAUUGCGUAAACGAUGAUUGCGGUGGAUGAAAGUUUUCUUCAGAAUGAAAACAUAAACAUUCAUUUCAUAAUUUUGUAACACCAGUUGUAUAAUUAUUUUUAUCAAAAAUUAGUUUUCUCGCAAAGGAAAAGAUGUAAGAAGAUAAUUCUAGGACGACAU